GUCGGGGUGGGGGUGGGGGGAUUACCGAUGAAGAUAUAAAAGCCCGGCGGAGGCAGCUCAUCUUCACACAGUCGGACAGAAGCAGCUGUGAGUAGAGAUCGGCGGUGGCCUCGCGGGAAAUCUGUGACAACAGAGACCCUCAGCAGAAAUGAACGCCAGCCCCCCAGCAGGAAGCGCCCUGGCCCCCAGCGCAACAAGCGGCCCCACCACACCCAAGAAGGGGCCCCCCAAGUUCAAGCAGAGGCAGACCCGUACUUUCAAGAGCAAGGCCCCCAAACCAGGCCAGAAGGGCUUCGGUGACGACAUCCCCGGCAUGGAGGGCCUCGGCACAGACAUCACGGUGGUGUGCCCAUGGGAAGCCUUCGGCGACAUGGAGCUCAGCGACUUGGCCAAAUACGGGAUCAUCUAAACCUGCUGCCUCCUGCCUUCCUCGCUCGUCUGCACCUCUCCUCCGUCUCGUCCUCGUUACCCGGCCUUCUCUCCGCCUCGGCUGGCCACGCCGCGAUAAGGCUGCCAGCAAACCCCCUAACGCCCUCUCGUCUGUCUACCUCAUGCUUUACUCCACUGAGUGGAGGUAUAAUAAUGUUCUUAUUUUUAUAUCAUUAUUAUUGAUAUUAUUAUGAUAUGAUACUGUGUACAGUAUAUAAAUAUAUAUAUAUAUAUACAUACUUGAAAUGAGAAGACGAGAAAAACAACUCCACACACCCGAUCCCCCUUCGUCCCUCUACGAGUGCUCUCUCCUCACCCCUCUCCCCCUCCUCACCCUCGGCAAUGGACGCAAGCAAAACACAAGUUAACACUAGCCUGUAUUUGCUUCUAGCUGUCUAUAAAAAUGUAAAUAUUUUUGCGCUCAGUUGAACCUUUUGACCUCGUCGUCUGUCUUACCUUUUGUACUUCCUCCCUCUUUUUGUCUCUGCAUUGUAUUUUCUACUCCUUGUGCACACGGCGGCUGUAAACACCACGAGAUGCAAGGAGAAGGUGCGACGCGCCGCCAAUUGGCAAAAAAAACUAAAACAAACUACAAUGCACUUUCACGUGAUCACGGAGGAGGAACUCCCCUUCAGCCCCCCCUCCACCUCCCUCUCUCCUUGCUGCUGUUUCAAUCCCUCCUUAGAGAACAAAUGAAAUAAAAGGUAUAUUCCGUAGGUUUUGUAUUUCAAUCACACUAACACACGAGCUGUACUGUGACUUGUUCUGAUAGCUGCAGUAAAAUGUGUCUAUUUUUAGUAA